ACAAAAUAAAAACAACACAAUUUUUUUCCAGCGAACCAAACCACCAAAAGUGGUCUUGCUGUGGCUGCAGUGCUUGGAUCUACGCUCAACAAGUCGUGCUUGUUGUGUGAGUGUGUGUGAGUGUGUGUGAGGAGCAGACACACUGCCAAUCAUGGGCAAGGAAGACAUGCGUGGGCUCUCCCACUUUAUUGCUGACAUCCGCGCCAGCAAAUCAAAGGAGGCAGAGCUGAAGCGCAUCAACAAGGAGCUGGCCAACAUCCGCGCAAAGUUUGGUGACAAGAAAGGGUUGACUGGCUACCAGAAGAAGAAGUAUGUGUGUAAGCUCAUCUUCAUGUUCCUUCUGGGACACGAGGUUGAGUUUGGCCACAUGGAGGCCGUCAACCUCCUCUCCUCCCUCCACUACUCCGAGAAGCAGAUGGGUUACCUGUUUGCCUCUGUGAUGCUGAACGAGCAGCACGACCUGAUGCGGCUGGUGAUCCAGGCCAUCAAGACGGACCUCAGCAGCCGCAACGAGCUCAACGUGUCGCUCGCCCUGCACUGCAUCAGCAACAUUGGCGGCAAGGAGACGGCCUCCGAGGUCGCAACCCUCGUCCAGCGCCUUCUCGUCGCAGACGAGUCGCCAAACACGGUGAAGAAGAAGGCUGCGCUUGCAAUGCUGCGGCUGUUCCGGGAGGCGCCGGAGCAGGUUGCCAUCGCCGAGUACACCCCACGCGUUAUCCAGCUCCUCACGAGCCCAGACACAGGUGUUGUGACAUCGACUGCGAGCCUGCUGACAGCGCUCGCCUCAGCCAACCCGGACGAGUACCGCAGCUGCGUCGCCGUCGCAAUCAACAAACUCCACCGCAUUGUGCUUGCGCGGUCUGAGCAAGAGGACUACAUCUACUACAGCGUGCCGGCGCCCUGGCUCACCGUCAAGCUCCUCCGCCUCCUCCAGCUUUUCCCCUUCCCAGGUCAGCCCACCUGCUGCUCCCGCCAUGUCUAUGUGUGUGUGUGUGUCUGUCUGUCUGUCUGUCUGCCUGUGUGUGACGGACGGCCAACACGUGUGCGCAUCCAGUACUUCAACGUCAACCACGCGUGCAUGUUCGAGGCAAUGAACCUCAUCGCACACUACGACAACAAUGCUGACCUGCAGAUCAAGGCGUGCACGCUGCUUGGUGACUUCCUCAUCCACAAGGAAACAAACAUGCGCUUCCUCGCUCUCGAGAGUCUGUCUGUGAUGGCGACGACAGAGUAUUCGCACGAGGCGGUCAAGCGGCACAAGUCCUCGGUCAUCCGCGCCCUCAAGCACGAAUCAGACCCCACUGUGCAGCGGCGUGCGGCGGAUGUGCUGUAUGCGCUGUGCGAUUCGGAGGCUGUGGAGCGCGUGGUUGACGAGCUGCUCAACUUCCUCGACCACGCAGACUACUCCGUCCGCGAAGAACUCGUGCUGAAGAUUGCGAUCCUUGCCGAGCGGUUUGUGAAGGACUACAGCUGGUACGUGGACGUGAUGCUGCGCCUCAUCCGCCGCGCCGGCGACCACGUCGCUCCAGAGGUCUGGUACCGCGUCAUUCAGGUGAUUGUGAACCGGCAAGACGUGCAGGACUAUGCUGCAAAGACGUGCUUUGAGGCGCUGCUCGACCCCGCUGUGCACGAGGCCAUGGUCAACGUCGGCGGGUAUGUCCUCGGCGAGUUUGGCCACCUCAUUGCCAACGACCCCAACAGCAGCCCCGUGAAGCAGCUGGAGGUGAUUCAGAUGCACUACCCGAUGGUCUCUGCCAGCACGCGCGCCCUCCUCCUCUCCACAUAUGUCAAGCUGGCAAACCUCUUCCCGGAGAUCAAGAGCCACGUGCUUCAGGUGCUGAAGACGUCGCAUUUCCUGAAGAACGCCGAUGCGGAACUGCAGCAGCGCGCAAACGAAUACGUGCACCUCCUCCAGACCUCAAACACAGACGUCGUGCCUGCUGUGCUUGAGGAGAUGCCGCCGUUCUCGGAUGCGCAGACGACGCUGCUGCAGCGCCUGGAGACGAAGCGCACAACCGUCACGGAGAAGACAGGCACCCUCGCCGCACGCAAGCGCCAGGAAGGAAAGAAGAUCGAGCUUGGAGAGGUGUCUGCAGCCGCGCACUCUGCUGUCCCCGCCAAGUCGGAGACCACCGUCAUCAACAACGACCCGUUCUUCGACAAGUUUACGCUCGUGAACGACGGUGUGCUGUACGAGAACCCCGUGCUGCAGAUUGGCGUCAAGAGCGAAUUCCACGGCAACCUCGGUCGGCUGACUGUGUUCUACGGCAACCGCGGCGAUGCGCCAAUGACCGGCGUCACCACCCGCGCAUUCGUGCCAAACGCCCCAGAUGCGCUCUCCAUUGAUGCGCGGCCGAUUGACGCGACGAUUCCGCCCGGGGUGCAGCUGCAGCAGCAGAUCAACGUCGAAUGCGUCACAUACUUCAGCGACGCCCCCGUGCUUGAGGUCUCGCUCAAGUACCAGGGCCGAGCCGUUGUGCUCGCCCUCAAGCUGCCAGUCAUGCUCAACAAGUUUAUCGAGCCGCUGACUGCGCCGAUGGAUGCGCCAACCUUCUUCAAGAAGUGGAACCAGCUCGGCGGGCCCCCGCGCGAGGUGCGCCAGAUCAUCAAGGCAAAGGAGCCCAUUGUCCUUGAUCAGCUCCACGAAAAGGUUGUGUCGUUUGGGCUACCCACCAUGCCCGACAUUGACCCAAAGCCGCAGAAUCUCGUGUGCGCCGGCAUCAUCCACACCACCAACGCGCAGAUUGGCACCCUUCUUCGCGUCGAACCAAACGUCGAGGCCCAGAUGAUCCGGUUUACUGUGCGCGCGUCUGUCGAUGCUGCAUCUGUCAUUGUCUCCAACCUCCUCGUCUCAAACUUCUGAUCAUCGCAUCAUCGUCAUCCUUGGUUGUCGUUGUGUGUCACCUCUUCCGUCGCCGCUCCUCGCUGCUUCUCUGACACCUUCAUCUUCUUGUUCUUUCUGUCGUAGUAGUUGACUUGUUGCUUGCGUGCUUGCUUGCGUGCUGUGAUUACCAUUGUCACGCCACAUCAUUUCCACCUGCGUUUGUUGUUUCUUGGUUUGCUGUUGUCUUGUUCAUUGGCAGUACAAUACACACGGCACUCUCUUGCUUCCACCGGUUGUCCUCUUCUCGUCAAUUACACGCACGCACGCACGCACGCACACAC